AUGCCCAAGAAGGAUGAUAUUAGUAAGGAUACUGGCAAGUUUAUGCAAAGAAAAUUGGAUCUUUUACGCUUAUGUACAAAACAAUCUGAAUCUUGUGAAAAAUGCGCAUUUCAAUCUCAAUAUGACCCUUACUCUCUCUAUUGGCGCCAUCUUGAUUGGAUUAGCAUGACAGAGAAACAGAAUGUGAAUAAACAAAACGCUAAUACUAUUCUUGGUCUAAAUAGUGAUAUAGAGGACGAAAUUAUAAAGUCUUCCUUGAAAAAUCUCCCCAACUUUGAGGACGGAAUAAAGGAUCUUUCUAUCGAAAAACGGAACAAACGUUUACAGAUUGUAAAUAUGCUUUCAAGUAUAUGGGCUAUUCUUGGAAGUAUUUGUAUCAUUUCUCUUGUUUCAGCAGACAUAAUUUUUUCUAUUGUACACAAUAAUAUUACCACAAUUCUUGGUUUUGCUGCUGAUUGUAUCCUCAUUGUUGGUAGAAUCCCUGGCUUGGGAUACUGCACUGCUUUUUAUCUUGUUCUAAAUAACCCUGAAAUUUUUAAUGUUGAAAAUGAUAAAUGGAGAAAAAUGCGUUGUAUCAUACGCACCGUCUUUUUCCCAAAUCUUUUAUGCGUUGGUCUUACAGCUUUUAGAGACAGGGAAAAGGAGGAAUCAUUUGGUUCUAUUUGCAUCUUGAAAUUUUCAUGGAAAAAAUCGGGAGAGCAGAAAGAUAUACGAAAGCAGAAUGAUAUACAAGAGCAGAAAGAUAUACGAGAGCCGAAAGAUAUACAAGAGCAGAAAGAUAUACAAGAGCAGAAAGAUAUAUAA